UAGCAGUUCACAGGUUCAAUUUUUUUACAAAUGGAAGGUUUGGGGCAACUCUGCCCUGAGCAAGUAUUUUUCCAACAGCAUUUGCUCAUUUUGUGUCUCCGUCUACUGGUGAAUGAAGAUGCCUUGAAGAUUGUCACAAUGACAACAAAGGAUUUAGAAUAUUACAUAAUCUGAGUUGAUAAAGCAGCAGCAAGUUCUGAGAAGAUUGGCGAUUUUCAAUUUUGAGACAUUCUACGUGGGUAAAAUGCGACCAAACAGCCAUCGCAUGCUACAGAGAAAUCGUUCAUGAAGGGAAGAGUCCAUGAUGCAGCUAACUUCAGUGUCUUAUUUUAAGAAAUUGCCACAGCCACCCCCAGCCUUCAGCAACCACCACCCUGAUCAGUCAGCUGCCAUCAACAUCAAGGUGAUCGGCCCCCAAGGGGUUCCCAGCCCCCACCCCAUCCUGAGGCCACGUCCUCUAGCAGGCGCUGUGCCCAAGCAAAGUCCCUCUCCAUUCGGCACAUCCCUGCUUGCUCCUGUGGGUGUGGUUCCAGAUGGCCUGGAACUGCUUUGUUCCAGUCACCCGAGAACAGGUCAGUUCUUCCCUGCCUCUGAGCUGAGAGGGUUCUUGGAAGACUGUCCCACCAGCUUCAUGACAUGGCUCUCAAAGAGGGACUCAGGACCUGGAAAAGGCUCUUCUGGCGGCUGAUCCUGCUUACAGUUGGCCUCUUAGCGCUGCUCCUGUACGGGCUCCCUGUAGUCAGGCACCUGGAAAUCUUCAUCCCCAUGGGCACCUGCCCUUUGGAUAGAGAGCUUAUGUUGAAAGACAACUUCACAGGUCUCCUGCGUCUCUGGGCCCGGCCUGAAGUCCUGACCUGUACCUCCUGGGGAGCCCCCAUUAUUUGGGAUGGCACUUUUGAUCCAGAUGUGGCCCAGCAAGAGGCUAUACAGCAGAACCUCACCAUUGGGCUGACUGUCUUUGCUGUGGGCAGAUACCUGGAGAAGUACCUGGCGCGCUUCCUGGAGACGGCAGAGCAGCACUUCAUGGUGGGCCAGCGCGUGGUCUACUACGUGUUCACCGAGCGCCCGGCCGCCGUGCCCCGCCUGUCGCUGGGCCCGGGCCGCCAGCUGCGCGUGGAGCGCGUGCCCCGCGAACGACGCUGGCAGGACGUGUCGAUGGAGCGCAUGAACACUCUGCACGCGGCGCUGGGCGGCCGGCUGGGCCGCGAGGCGCACUACGUGUUCUGCCUGGAUGUGGACCAGUACUUCAGCGGCCCCUUCGGGCCCGAGGCGCUGGCCGAAUCGGUGGCACAGCUACACUCCUGGCACUACCACUGGCCGCGGCGGCUGCUGCCCUACGAGCGCGACGCGCGCUCGGCAGCCGCGCUGGCGCGGGACGAAGGCGACUUCUACUACCACGCGGCCCUGUUCGGGGGCAGGGUGCAGGCGCUGCGCCAGCUGACGGCGCACUGCGCGCAAGCCCAGCAGUGGGACCGCAAGCGCGGCCUCGAGGCGCGCUGGCACGACGAGAGCCACCUCAACAAGUACUUCUGGCUGCACAAACCCGCCAAGAUACUGUCGCCCGAGUUCUGCUGGAGCCCGGAAAUCGGCCGGAGGGCGGAGAUCCGCCGCCCGCGCCUGCUCUGGGCGCCCAAGGAUUAUGCUGUCGUGAGAAACUAGAAGCCAAGACCUGGCCUCGCCCCACCUGCGGGACACCUUGGGCACCCGGAGGAUGAGGAGUGGGCGCAACAGCAAGGAGAGACCCAGAAGCCAUUUGGGGUCCCUCCUGGAAGCAGCAUAGCAUUUCGGAGGGCAGGGAGAGAUGGGAUGAAAACAGUCCUACUACCCCCUGUGUAGUAGAUGCAGCACCGGAGGAGGAGGUGCUGGCCUUUGAAAGUGUUUUGUGCUGGUCUCAGCCUAUGAAUAAGCAGUGUUGUGGUUGGACCAGCCCCUGUGGCUCUCUUGUGAUUGCAAGAUGCCUUUCAGCAAUAACCAUCAGGAUACUUUGGAAAAAAUCAAGGUUUAAUACUUACAGGACUUGGCAAUUACACAGCACACCUGGGGCCACAGGGCAAGCUCGCCGGUAGAGAGAGAGCCUCCCCCACCCCAUCCCCUAGCCUGGCGUUCUACUUUUAUUAGGAUUGAGGGUGGGGUCCUAGGACUUCAGGGACUCACUCUGUUGGUGAAUUCAGAAUAUAAGAAUGGGAAUUUAAAGCUCAGGAAGACAAAAGAAACAAGUGGCCCAAAUAUUGAAAUCAACCAAGAUCUCAAAAACAAAGGAGCCACGAUGCGAGGGAGGCAGCCUGGCUCUCUAGUAGCUAGCAAUGUGUUUAUUCCAGACAACCCUCUUUGAAGUGGAUGCGUUGGCAAUCAAAGCUUAAAUCAGGCACUUGCAUUACAAAAAGGAAAAAAUGGGCUGCCGUGGUUUACAUUACAGGGAGCUUCUCACUGGAAGAGAAACCUCCCCUUUCCUGCACUUUCAACAGGGACUGAGGCACAUAGACCAUUCACCUCCAACCUUACUGAAUUCAGCUAACUGCCUCCUGAGGAGGUGUUUUAGCCCCUCUCACCUACCUCCUACCCCCGCCCUUUUUUUUUUUAUAUAAGGAGACUGAGGCACAAAAAGGGAACAUAAAUCCCUAAACACAUAGAGGAUCAACAUGAGUCAGUCUGUGAGGUCAGCAGCUGGAGAGCCAGUCUUGGCUCUCCAGCCAAAUAGAGCUGCCUUUGGGCAUUAACCACAAAGGGAGAAACACCAGCGACAUCCAGUUCCCUGGCUUUGCACUUUCACCGCCUUUGCCCUCAGUGUAAUUUGUACAUAUUUAGUUAAUGUUAUUGUAAACGAAAAAGGGGCUAUGAAAUAAACCCGACAAGCUCAGGGAGGUCACAUGGCAGUCCUGCCAAGCUCAGUGACCAAAAGUAAUCACACAGGAUGGUCUGAUCAUAAAUUCCUAACUGGGCGGGUCGUAGUGGAUGUCAUCUCCCAGACCUCCAGCCUCCUUAGCAGAGGUCAAUCUUUACCUUAAGUGAGCUUUGUCCAUCGUUCUUAUGCAUCUAGGAUAACAUACCUUUGAGAUGUUAGAGUAAUUUUCUAGACCCCUUGAAGGCACAACCACAAGCACCAGAUCACAAGACCACAGAACCCUCAUUGUUAUCUUGUUCCCCCUGCAUACCAUUCUAUGUGCUGUAAAUGUUAAUUACUGACU